AUGAUCAGGCUAACUACGAAGAUUCGUCACCAUGCUUUGCCACACUGCCGUGUCUCUUUUAUACCAUGCCGUUCACUAGCAGUACAGUCGCGAGAUCCUAAGCACAUCUUCACGAACCCUUCAAAUAACGAAAUUCUGGAUUCGAAACAUUUCUUCACAAGUCCUAACGCAACUGUGGUGGCCGAAGAAGACUUGAUUGCUGCCACCAUUCAGGAAAGCAUCAAGUCGAACCGCCGUAAAAAAGUCAAACACAUCUCCAGCGCAUUUGUAGUUGCUGUUUUGGGCACUGUACUAGGCUAUUCAGUGGGCUACAAAGUGAUGUAUUUACACGAACAAGCCUUUAUACCAGCCUACCCGGUGCCCAAAAGACGCAGAUUCGACGCUGAUGAGCUGAGAUCGAUUAAUCUAGGGGAAAUAAAGGAAAUGGCCGAUUAUAAGGUGCUUGAACGAUUGUCAAUGCAUCCGAUGAUCAAAGAACAAUAUGGAGUUCCUCUGCAUCAUGCUCCUGGCGUGCCUCUCAAAAGUCGUAAUUUUUCAGUCUGGCAAGAGGAUCCCAAUCCCUGUCUUGCCGGAAUUCUUGUAAAGCCCUAUAACGCUCCUAAGGAUCAGUCUACUUGGCACACUAUCCCCUUUCUGUUCAAAUGGAGACUCAUCCAUCGCUCGAUUGACGUGAUGGACUCUGUGAACCAGCUGUUGAGCAAAUUCGGGACCGAGACCACGGAUUUGCUCGACGUGGUUAACCCGAGUCGCGAAAGUGGUGAUUUUAAAUACGAGAGGCCUAAACACUACUCACAAGGCCAACAAGCUUCGAAUCUGUGGUUCUUGGGCGAAAUGGAUCUUGGAGAUAAUGCCAUGAUUGUUUUUAAGGGCAGGUACCACGUUGACAUCAAAUUGCAACAGGUGGAUCUUCUGCGGCGUGAAAACAACGAACUAGUGCGAUACGUGCUGUACCAGGCUGACGAAAAAUAA